AUGCCGAAGUCGAUGAUAACCACCAAGUUUUCCCCUCCAGAGUCCGCACCUGAGGAGGACGCGCAGCAAGCCAACCCGUUUGAUGAGUUGCCUGGAUUGCCAGAGGAGUAUGUUCCUUCCGAACCGGGAAUAGACUUUGGGGAUGGUUUGUUAGGUGACCUAGCAGAAGAGGUAGAAUGUGCAACUGAGCCGCCGCCCGGCUACGCAGUAGAAGCUGUUGAAGCUCUCGCUAAACCGGGUGAUGAUGAGGGUGAUCCUGUUGAGACCUAUGGAGAUGAAACCUAUGAAUGGAUUGAUGAUGAAGGUCUCGAUGUUGCUCUCAAGGAAGCCACAACCCGCAUUGAAAUGGUGACUUUGAGAUUCUUCGUGGGUUUGAAGUCCAAGACUGGCCCCGACGUGACAGCCGGAAUUCAGCAGCUAGUACUUAAGAUCACACAGCGAUUCCCUCUUCGUGUGCUCCACUGCGACCCAGGAACAGAGUGUACUUCAGAAGCCCUUACGAAGUGGCUUCCUGGGCAAGGAGUAAAACUGCAAACCACGAUACCGACUGAUAAGCAAGGCAACGGCCUCGCAGAGCGCGUAGUGGGAUGGUUUAAGUCUAGGGCUAGGACGCUUCUAGCUGCGAAUGACCUGCCGGCGUCAUACUGGCCAGUAGCUAUGCGAUGGGCGGCUGAAGCUCACAACCGUACUGUGCUCUUGCAGGAAUCGCUACCCGCGUUUGGCCAAGUAGUCCUGCACAAGCUUAAGAAGCCCGCGGGAGGUCACAAAGAGCUGAUAACUAGGUGGGUGAAAACCAAGUAUGGCGCACCGUACUUGACGGUCACUGACGGCCAUGUACUCUUCACCCAAGAAGGUAAUUUGGUAGCCUCAAGGGGAUUUCGCACUGGGGUGAUAGAUGCCGAAGCUUUGAAGGAAGCACAGCCCCCUCCUUUGCAGGAAAAUGAAGCACCCUCAGAGGAGGAGGAGCUCAUUCCUGAUGGGGAGUUGCCGCUAGUCUCCCCAGAGCGCCGUCUGCGAGAGAAGACCACGGUACGAUUCGUAGAGGGAGGUCUGGAUGACGAUCAUCCAGAAAGCUUAGCUAAGAUUGGGUUACUAGACGAUAACUUCUCGAACGAACAUUUCCGUAGGCUGGUGACCGCGCUUGAGGGUCGUGAGCUGCCAACCGCAGACCGGAGAGGUGAACUCCAAGGCCGCUUCAUAUUAGGGGCAUAUGGGCAUGGAGGCCAGAGAGGCGUCACGACCCUGUGUAAGUCGUACCCUAAGCUUACCCUCUACCUCAAUAAGUUCUUGAAAGCCCAUACUCGAGAACCUGAGUAUCCUGCAGAGUGGGCUACAAUUCUUCUGGUACAUGCCUCAGACGUUCCAAUUCAUCGGGACUACAGGAACGAGUGGAAGACCAGAAAUUUCGCACUUUGCGUGCCAGGGGUCACUGAGUUGUGGAAAGGACCGCCGCAUAAAGGAAAAUCAGAGGAAUCUGCACUUGUUCCCGAUUGGAACUCUGCAGAUGUUGCCGUGCUCACUGAUGAGGUGAAGUCCUUUGAUCCCCGAUGCCAUCAUGCCGUGCGACGAUCGCCAGACUGGGUGAUCGAGGAGGAUGAUGGUCCACCACCAUGGGAUAGAGGACCUCUAGGAGCCACCCGCAAUUCACCAAAUGCCGACACUCUUCCGAGCGAUUUACAUUUGUUCCUGUGGCAGAGGGACAUUGUAUACCUUCAGGCCGAGCUGCGCAGGUGGGAGGCAGAGAGGGUGAUGUUUGGGGUGCAUCCAUCUGGCACGCGUAGAACACAGAUUCGAGCAAGCGUUGGCACGAACUUGACUCUGUGCCGGAGGAACCGAGAGGUGAGCCUUCAGAAUGAUCGCCGGAAGCCCAACAACCCCGUUGGUGCGUCAAGCAGCUCCUCGGGCCAUGAGUUCCCGAAUCAGGUGAGCUUGCAGCAUGAUUGGAGGCAACCUGCCUUCUCAGUAGGUGCAUCUGGUAGCUUGACAACCAGUGCCUCUUUUGAUCAAGGGAGUGUGCCGGGCUCAGAGUUGCCACCCACUAGCACCACCGGUGUGCCAAGCUAUGCGACUGCCUACGCGCAUCCUGAUCCUUACGAGCCGGCAUCACACUACUGGGAGGAUGAGUGGAUUCCCACCGUAGCUGCAGUGAGCGCUCCUGAGCAGACCAGCGUGAGGCAGCAUCUCGAUAAAUGGAAGGGCCCUGCACAGGAUGAGCUGGACUCGUUGAUCAACAUGGGCGCAAUUCGGCGCCACUACGGAGCAGCAGCAAGGCACUCUGCCUGGUCCACCGACAUCAAGAAUGCAUUUCUGUUGGCAUCUGUUCACAAGAGGAGCUCUGGGAAGUUUGUAAGGCUUGAAUACCUCAACGAACACCUAGGUGUAGCCAAUCCAGUGCGAGGAGAUCCUUCUGUGCAUGCGGUGACCGCUGCAUCAAGGACCUUCAGGACCAUGGACCCAGCUGAGGGUCAGGGCAUGAUGCUAGUCUUGGCUUUGUUGAUGUUGCAACUCCAGCCGGCCGCGUCGCAGGAGGAGGAAGAAGCUGAACAGGUUGACAUAGAUUUGUAUGUUGUAGCGGUCAUGAUGGCUUGCUCAGUGUUGUUCGUAUGGGAGCUCGGAAAGCACUGCCUGAAGCAAUGCCUUUACGAGCAACGGCCACAUGCUACCUCUCACGUCCACCUCCACGUCUCUAC